AUAUUGCCUACUGUAUUGUUCAGUAACUUCCUUGCUCCGCUCUCAACUUUUCCAAAAAGUCUAAUUCACUUUGAAAUAAAUGUCCACAUACAUCCGAUUCACCGGGGAAUCUCGUUGAAAAUGCAGAUUGGGACUUACAGGCUCUGCGAUUAGACCUGAGAUUCUGCGUUUUUAACUAGCUCCCGAGCGAUGACGUUGCAGUUGGUCCACGCACGGGCCACUCUUGGAGUAGCAAGGCUGUCCACUCCAAGAAGCUGGAGACUCCUCGUCAGUUCCGAGGCCACGCUUCAUGACGAGAGUACUUUGCGAAAAGGUUAACCUGGCACCUGUCUUCCGUGUGGUACCUCCUGGCGACUCUGGCAGAUGUUUCUUCAGGCUCUAAGUCAACGUUUGGGGAAUUGGGUUAUGUUCUCGGCGACCGCACCUCGCUCAUUUCCUCAGCAUCAACGUGAAAUGCGCGCUAUUAUUAUCCUGUAUUUUACAGGUAAAACUGGGGCUCAGAGAGUUAAGUAAAUCGCCCAAGGUUAUGAACUUCUCAGGGGAGUUGAACCCAGGUCCACAGGCCUGCAAGAGACAAAGCUUUUAAUCAGCACCCUGCCGCUUGAGUUUCCUGUGCUGCGAAAUGGGAAGGAGGGCAGGCAGGGUCCAGAUCCCUGCCAGAUACACCUAACACAGUCCUUGUGUUCCUCCUCGAGAUCGUGCUCUUUGACCCUGCAAGGAAAAGUUCUUUUUGAUACACCGGGGCCCCUCGGCUUGCCUAGGUCAGGGACUCGCACGGGUGUUCCGGGGAGGGUCGGGCAGAUCGCUCGGGACACAGGGCCGAUGCCUUACAUAACCGCGAGGCGUCCCUCCUCCCCCGCGCCCCUCACCCCUCGCCAAGCCGCAGCCCUUAGAGCGGAUCCCAGCGAUAAAUCCCCUUCGCCCGCGGGACAGAGUCCCUGGCGGAGCUGGCGGGGCUGAGCGAGCCGGUGCAUUUCGGGGGGCCAAGCACCGGGAUUUUCCAGGCGCCGCUCCCCUCCCCCUGCGCUGCCCGCUGGGCCCCCGGCCCCAGCCCCGCCGGCGCCUCCGCCGGGUCUGCUCCCCGCCCCUCGGAAGCGAGGACCGCGGCGACUGGGGCCCGGGAAGGGGCCACCGCGCUGGGACGCGGCUCGGUGGGCGCGCCCUGGGGGCAUGUCCGCGGGCUACGGGCAGGGCUGCAGCGGUCCCCGCGAGAUGGCCAGUAACCCAUGUGCCAGGUAGCAUUCUAUGCCAACCCCUGAAUGCCAGCAGGAAGUCACUGGACAGAAAACUCUUCCAAGAUCAUUACUUGGCUGUUGGAGUAACCUGGAAAAGAAGAAAAAAGAAAAACCAUGGCAAAAGUAAAUAGAGCUCGGUCUACCUCCCCUCCCGAUGGAGGCUGGGGCUGGAUGAUCGUGGCUGGCUGUUUCCUGGUUACCAUCUGCACCCGGGCAGUCACCAGAUGUAUCUCAAUUUUCUUUGUGGAGUUCCAGACAUACUUCGCUCAGGAUUAUGCACAAACAGCAUGGAUCCAUUCCAUUGUAGACUGUGUGACCAUGCUCUGUGCUCCACUUGGGAGUGUUGUCAGUAACCGUUUAUCCUGUCAAGUGGGAAUCAUGCUGGGUGGCUUGCUUGCAUCUACUGGUCUCAUCCUGGGCUCAUUUGCCACCAGUCUGAAGCAUCUCUACCUCACCCUGGGAGUUGUUACAGGUCUUGGAUUUGCACUUUGUUACUCCCCAGCCAUUGCCAUGGUUGGCAAGUACUUCAGCAGACGGAAAGCCCUUGCUUAUGGGAUCGCCAUGUCGGGAAGUGGUAUUGGCACCUUCAUCCUGGCUCCUGUGGUUCAGCUCCUCAUUGAACAGUUCUCCUGGCGGGGAGCAUUGCUCAUUCUUGGGGGCUUCGUUUUGAAUCUCUGUGUUUGUGGUGCCUUGAUGAGGCCAAUUACUCUUAAAGAGGACCAUACAACUCCAGAGCAGAACGACGUCCGUGGAACUCAGAAAGAAGACUUUAAACGGGCUUCUCCCUAUUCACCUUUGACCAACAAAUGGGCACAGACUUGCCUCUGCUGCUCUUUGCAGCAGGAAUACAGUUUUGUACUGAUGUCAGACUUUGUCGUGUUAGCCAUCUCUGUUCUGUUUAUGGCUUACGGCUGCAGCCCUCUCUUUGUGUACCUGGUGCCUUAUGCUUUGAGUGUUGGAGUGAGUCACCAGCAAGCUGCUUUUCUUAUGUCCAUACUGGGGGUGAUUGACAUUAUUGGCAAUAUCACAUUUGGAUGGCUGACCGACAGAAGGUGUCUGAAGAGUUACCGAUAUGUUUGCUACCUCGUUGCUGUGGGACUGGAUGGGCUCUGCUACCUCUGCCUCCCAAUGCUUCAAAGUCUCCCACUGCUUGUGCCUUUCUCUUGUACCUUUGGCUACUUCGAUGGUGCCUAUGUGACCUUGAUCCCAGUAGUGACUGCAGAGAUAGUGGGGACCACAUCUUUGUCAUCAGCGCUUGGUGUGGUGUACUUCCUUCAUGCAGUGCCAUAUUUGGUGAGCCCACCCAUUGCAGGAUGGCUGGUAGAUACAACUGGCAGCUACACUGCAGCAUUCCUUCUCUGUGGAUUUUCAAUGAUAUUUAGUUCCGUGUUGCUUGGCUUUGCUAGACUUGUAAAGAGGAUGAAAAAAACCCAGCUGCCAUUUCUUGCCAAAGAAUCUGACCCCAAGCUGCAGUUAUGGACCAAUGGAUCAGUGGCUUAUUCUAUAACGAGAGAAUUAGACCAGAAAGACGGGGAGUCUGUGGCUACAGCAGUGCCUGGUUACAACCCCACAUGACCAAUGGCCUUGAACCUGGGAAUCUUCAGGGUUGAUCAAGAUGGGGCCAGCAGAUUGCUCACAUUUCUGAAGCAUUUUAUUUUUGGCAGAGUAUUGCCUUCCAGGGAAAUUAUUAUUGUUGUUUUAUUAACAUAUUUAUAAGGGAAAAUAGCAAAUAAUAAAGAAAGCUGGACUAGCCCAGAGUUUCCUCAUUUGGGAUUUGUACUCAAAAUUGAACUCACAUCUUUUGGGCAAUGAGCAUUGCUCCGUGGGGAAUGUAAGGACACCACUGAUAUAAUUAGCUGUAAUGAGGGGUAAUUUCAAGGCAUAACUUGAUGACACUGGGCAGAAGCUUUGUCCCAAAGUCUCUACCCCUCCAUUUUCCUCCAUUUCCCCCCUCAGGUAGAAGGUGAAUGGAAACAUUGACAUGUAGGUUUGUUUACCUUGUGCUGUUUGGAGAAGCAGGGUCAGGUUGAGUAUGGUAGUGGAGAGUGAAGAUGUCAAACCUUUUUCAUAGUGGAGUUUCUCAUUAGGUUUUAGGUAGGGUUGUUAAGGAAUACUUGAGAUUCCUCAAAAAGCCGAUAAUUAAUAUAGAAAGAGACUGUCUUUAUUUUUUCCCUUUUAGUCUUCCAGCCAGCCCAGACCUCUGCCAAUGGGUAGGUACCAGUUUGAGAAUCCAAAGAAUCAUAGAGUGCCAUGGUUGGAAUAGAUCUUAAGGGUGACUGGUAAGAUCUUCUUUGAAAUUGUCCACUGGAAACUGAAAGCUCUUUUCCUAAAACUGUGUCCUAGGUGCUCACCUCUGUUACUAUUGCACACAAUGCUUACUCUAAAUUUAGCAGAACAAACCCAGUUGCAAGGGCAACCUUUCAAUCUUACCUGAAAUGCUGACAACACCCAAACUACCCACUGUUUUUCGUCAGAAAAAAAUCUCUUAUUUAAACUGCAGACACAUUCAUAUUAGGAACAGAAAAAUGUUGGCAGUAUUCCAAUUGGGCAGGAAUUAAAUUCUUGAGUCAGCAGGUCUCUUGUGAGCAUUUUCUUUGCAGAUUGGACAUUUAAGUUCAUCAUUACCCAGAAUAGGAUUUGGCAGGGGGUGGGGUUUACCUGAAAAAUAUUAUCCUAGAGAUAUUCCAAAGGUGAGAUUCCCUCCUCCCAGUGUUAAUUCUUGUUCCAAUGUCCAUGGCUCUUCAUCCGUUUAUGGAUAAUAACUAGAAACCUAACUCCUUGGAUGAGAAUAGUUUAUUCAUUCCCAAAUACCCCACCUUGCUAUAGUUUGGGAUAAUUUCUGAGUCUUCAGAUUGAAGAGGGAGGGUGUGGAGAGAGAAGAGAAAAUAUAGAUCUCUCAGUUUGCCUCUAAUCAUUUCAAGCUCACAGAAUUGUAAUCCUGAAUCCCAAAUCAUGUCACACUUAUACAUAGGUGCGAGUUAUGUGAUUAAUUUUAAUUAUUCAAGAGUUUAGGCCGGGCGUGGUGG